GGCGUCCAACACCUGGUUCCCCGGGGCUUCUGGGGGAUUCCCUCCGCCCCCUCCUCCUGCUGCUAUGAUCUGGGGUAGUAGUAUACCUCAUACUAUACAGCCCCCUCCAUCUUAUGACGAGGUGAUUAGAGAGACGAGUCAGGUCCAGGUCCAGGUGUUGCCUCUCUCCUUCUCCCCCCAACGCUCUGUCUCCACAACUACCAUCGCCACGCAGACUGACACUGGACUAGAAUUGUCAGCAGUGGCCCACGCACCCAACCAGAGAGGCUCUGUGGCCAGGAGACCUCCAAGGCCUCCCAGACCUUCCUAUUCCUUUACAGCCAAACUGUUGUACGCUGAUGAAACAACGUCGCACACUGAUGACACGACGUCGCACGCCGAUGACUCACUCAUCUUCCUAGAAGACAGUCCAGCACUUCGCACACACACUCAGACCAGCAGACACACCGUCAUACACACAGAGGCGACAGCAUUUCACUAUGAUCUCUUGACCUCUGAUCCUUUCUCACAUCUGACCUCUGCCCCUGGCAGCCAAAUUGACCAAUGGGAGCAGUCCCCCUUCGUCCUCCCCCCUCAUUCCACUGUCUUGACAAUGCCCUCCGACCCUCCUCUGCCCCAUAACCAGCCCAGGCCACGUCCUCGCACAAAAAAUAGCCUUCGACCAAUCAGGAGAGAAGUCAAAGUUCAGACCCUGGUGAGGCUGGGACAGACAGGAUGUGAGGUCACAGAGAACCAAGAAGUGGGUCAUCAGGGGGGGAAGUACCUUCAGGAUCUCCUGGACGCCUUCAGCUCCGACGAUUGGGGCUUCCCUGAUCACCAUAGCAAUGACGAUGUAGAGAGCGACUUGAGAGGAGAAGAAGAGGAGGAGGAGGAAGAAGAUAUGAGAGCCAGGAUACAAGCCUUCGAGCUGCAGCAGCAACAGGAGGACCAUGGUAACCAUGCAGACGGUGACCACGGAGAUGGAGCGUUGCUAGGGGGUGGGAAACCUGAACCCCACCCCCGAGUACAAGCACUCCCCAAACCGGCCCCAGUCAUCUCCCGGAAACCCUCCCUCGCUGCCAAGACUUCCUCCCGCAAAGGAUUGUGGGAAGAUGGAGGCUCACUUGCGAUAGACUUGAAUUUGACUGUUGAUACAGUUACCACCUCCCAACUCACACCCACUGACCCCUCUCCCAAACCUACCGAGACUCCCUUAAGUACCCCUGUCCCAGUCCUCACACCCCUACCCCUGCUUCCUAGAAAGCCCCCCUCUGAACCCCAAAGACCAGACCCCCAGGUAAGGCAGACAGAAGGGACCUCCCUACUCCGUCCCCCUCCAAGACCUCCAGUAGCACCCAGGACCAACGGGGCCAUGGUACCCCAAGGGAGAAGCACUAUGGUCGGCCUACCAACACCAGCGUUACCCCUUAAACCCUCCAUAGACCUCCACAGCAACAACAUUAGACCGAGUGUUGCUCAGAAGCCCAAUGCCAUGUCAUCAUCCCGUAGAGCGAGUGUGCCCCUGCCUGUGUCCGGACUAGCCGUACCUGGCAACAGGAGAUCCUCUCUGGUCUCCAAACCCUCCAUCCAGACCCCCAUACCCACAUCCCUAGUACCCCUAACCCCGGCCCUGGCUCCACCCCCAAUGGGUGCUAGACCUCCAGUCUUAUCCUCAGCUCCAGCCCAAAAGAAAACCCCAUUGGUCUCCUCAGAGUGUGAACCUCCUCUUCCUCCUCGACCCCAGGGAGUGUUUAAGAUGCUCCCUCUCCGCCCCCCUCCCAUGAAGACUGUUCCUGGUCGACACCCACCUCUCCAGGCUGUCUCCUCCUCCUCCUCCUCCUACUCUACCACAUCACCCAAUAAGCCACCCCCUGCCCAGGCUGUAGCCGCCCCCGCUUCUACAUCAGCCAACCAGCAGGCUGUCCCUGACCCCUGCACCACUCCAUCAGCCAAUCAGCCGCAGGGUCAGAGGGCACCAAAGAAAGGCCCCCCUUUACCCCUCCGACCCAGGCCUGGACACCCCCUGUACAAGAGUUACAUGCCCAUCCUUCCAUCUCAACCCAGUGGAGAGAAGUCACAGCUGGUCACAGCACCUGUCAGUGGUCUGAGGUGUGUGGCACAGUUCGACUUCGAGGGGGAGGAGGAAGACGAGCUGACCUUCUACGAGGGUGAUGUCAUCUCUCUGACGGAGGUGAUUGGUCAGGAGUGGGGGCGGGGACAGAUCCACGGGCGAAUAGGAAUCUUCCCUCUGGCCUUCACGGAGGUCCUUGAGGAACCGCCUCCGUCGGCAGGGAAACAGCCCGUUGUCGAGAAGACCGUUGUCGAGAAGACCACGAAAAUGGACUCCUCAGGCGGUGGAGGUGGUAACGGGUGGAGGCAGUAGAUGAGGAGUGCUAUCUGGGGGAUGCAGGAGGUCCUCAAAAACAACCUGACACCUACAAAUAGGACUAUGGAUGUACACUGUGUGUUAGAGAACAAGAGACUGUGUUGGAGAGAGAGAGAGAGCGAGAGACUGUUAGAGAGCGAGAGACUGUUGAGAGAGAGACUGUUAGAGA